AUGGACGACGGAGCAGGAGCAACUGACGUGGCUGGCUCAAGGAAGAGAGAAAGACAAUACAAAGGGAUAAGGAUGAGGAAAUGGGGAAAAUGGGUGGCUGAGAUUCGAGAACCCAACAAGCGUACGAGGCUUUGGCUCGGCUCUUACUCUACUCCCGAAGCGGCUGCUCGUGCUUACGACACGGCGGUUUUCUACCUCAGAGGACCCACCGCUACGCUUAACUUCCCGGAGCUCCUGCCGUGUACCGAGAAAUUCGCCGCCAUGAACAUGUCGGCGGCAAUGAUUAGGAAAAAGGCGACGGAGGUCGGAGCUCAGGUGGACGCGAUUGGGACGGCCGUGAGGAAUACCAAACGCCGCCGUAUAAUUAGUCAAGAGGGAAGUUAUGGCGGCGGGUUAUUGGAGCGGGUUGACUUGAAUAAGUUACCCGACCCGGAGAAUCCGGAUAAUGAUUUGGUGGGAAAAUAG